CACACCUGGCUGAACAGAAGGGAGGGAGACUGAUGUUGCCAGCGGCAACUGUCCCAGCCAGGAAGACCAUUGGGCCUGUUACUCGUAGGGAGGGAAAGCCAGUGGCUGGGGAUCCAGAGGCUGUGAGUUCAGAUCCCCACAUGUGCUUUUAAGAGAGCGUGACUGAGAGCCGGCAUGGGCUAGGACCUGGGAGACUGGGGUUCGAAUCCCCACUCAGCCAUGAAGCUCUCUGGGUGGCUUUGGGCCUAAUUUACCUCACAGGGUUGUUCUGAGGAUAAAAUGAGGAGGGAGGGGGGAACCUGGAGCUCCUUGGAUGAAAAAGUGGUACAUGAAUGUAAGAAAUCAUAUUAUUAUAAUAAUGCAGGGUGCAAGACUUGUCGUGCUUCACAGUUCCUCCCCGGGAUUAUUGGGAAGUGUAAUCUCUGAAGGCUCAGGUGGGAGGAAGUUUCUAGUCCCUAGUGUGAACAUGUGCCUGGGGGGCGGGUGGCAAGGCAGCGUAAAAACCUGCUCCUUCCCACAAACACGCAGCUGCAGCUGCCAAUGUGUAUUUUUCUUUCAACUGUUGGUAAUAACAUUGCAAGAUAAUUACGCCUUUCAAAUUAUGCCUUUUGCCAAAAGAAUAAACGCCCUUUCUGCUUUGAAAUCGGCGGAGCAGAGAGAAGCUGAGAACCAGCUGUAAGUUAGCUGUGUGGGGUAUUUUUUGGGGGGGAGGGACCUAUGGCCCUCCAAAUGUUGCUCAGAAAGGAAUGCGGCCCUCGAUUGCAGCAUGUAGUUCUCCUCCAUUCGUGGCACCUCGAUGCAUAGCUGUCAACUUACAGAUUUGAAAAUAAGGGACCAGCAGCCUUGAAAAUAAGGGACCAGCAGCCUUGAAAAUAAGGGACCAGCAGCCAAAAUAAGGGACCUGCAGCCUCACCUGUUCCAGGCACUCCAGUCUUCCUGUCCUCCUGCAGUCUGGUCAAACUCAUGCUGGUAGCUUCGAAAACACUGUCCAACCAACUUUGUAACCAGAGGUUCAACUGAAUAGAAUCUGAAUCACAUGCACCACAAGGCCUAUGCAGCCUCAACUUAAGAUGGCUCCCCGGCCUGGCUUUGCACUGCAAAGUUUGCAGCAGCACGUGCAACAAAAUGGCGUCCAGCAUUCAAAAACCUCUUCAGCUUGCAUUAACUAGCCACACACAAGGCAUGCAAGCUCCACCCUCCCAGUCGUUCUUAGACUUCUUAUUGGGUGAGCAACACAGCCAAGCAACACAGUUGGAGCCUCCCUCCUCCCUGGCCGGCAGGGAGGGAGGGAGAGGAGCUGCUUCCUUUGAAAUUUAAGGGACAUCAUUUAAGGGACAUUUAAGGGACAUCCAUCAAUAAGGGACCGCAGUGGGACAUGGCGCUAGAAUAAGGGACUGUCCCUUCAAAUAAGGGACACUUGACAGCUAUGCCUCGAUGGCAAACAGAAUUUAACGUGACUCAACCCUCACGGAUGACAAAGUAGCACACCACACAAAAAAAAAAUCAGCUUGUGUUUAAGACACGACAGAAGUUCUCUCUUUGUAGUCUGCACCACUGGGUGAAACCACCCGCUAUUUCCUCUUUCUGCCACCGGCCUGCCUCUCUCUUGCUUUCAUUCCAAGGAAACUGAACCCUCCCUGCAUUAAAGGCGCAGGAGGCCUCCUAAAAUUAAAAGCUGGCCACCUUCAGGCAGAACAUUGAUAAGGCCAAGAGAAUCCUAAUUUAGGCUCAAGCAAGAGUUGUUAAUGGGACGCAGGUGGUGCUGUGGGUUAAACCACAGAGCCUAGGACUUGCCGAUCCGAAGGUCGGCGGUUCGAAUCCCCGCGACGGGGUGAGCUCCUGUUGCUCGGUCCCUCCUCCUGCCAACCUAGCAGUUCAAAAGCACGUCAAAGUGCAAGUAGAUAAAUAGGUACCGCUCCGGCGGGAAGGUAAAUGGCAUUUCUGUGCGCUGCUCUGGUUCGCCAGAAGCAGCUUAGUCAUGCUGGCCACAUGACCCAGAAGCUGUACGCCGGCUCCUUCGGCCAAUAAAGCGAGAUGAGCGCUGCAACCCCAGAGUCAGCCACAACUGAACCUAAUGGUCAGGGGUCCCUUUACCUAUCUUUCCAUAGUUAUUUCUUUCUUUCCCCUUUUCUCUCCCUUUCUCUUUUUUCCUGGUCUCUCCAUUUCUUGCCUUGUCUUCUUUCUGAAUUUCUUCUUUUUUUAGACCAAGUAGCUGUCUUAGUAUAUUGUAAAAAAUAUGCUUUCUGAUGGGUAUGUAUUUUUGAAGAUCUAUGAAUAAGCCUCAGUAAAUAAAGUUAAUUUAAAAGCGGGAAAGGGGGGAAAAGAAAAGAAAAAGAGUUGUUCACAACCCGAGGAGAAGAUGGCUGGAUGCCAGCAGUCCCUCAGGACAUAUCCUGGCAACGAGAUCAUGUUCCUGCUUUUACCAGCUUCAAUCUCUGGGGACCCCCCAUGAAACUGCAUAAGAGGGAGAUGCUAUACCAGUUCCCUGCUUCACCACUCAAGCUUGCCAUACACAUUCUCAUCCGGUGAGUUGCUUUUAGCUCCUUUUAAACGGCUAUGCAUCCUUAAUUUCACAUCCAUCUGUACUUAUCAACUGGCUUGCUUUUCCUCUCUGUGAUGCUUUCUAGAUUGUUUCCGCUGCCGCCUCAGCCUUCCCCAAACUCCUUCCCCCAGCGGCUCUUUUAGUUAUGCUAGCUCGAACUGAGCCUCCUUGUGCAAGGGCAGUCUAUCACAGAAUGCCUGCUUCUGGGGGAUGAACAGCAGGGAAGGAGGGCUGCUGCCUUCAGGCCUCGCUUUAGGGGCUUCCGGGAUGCCCUCUGUUGGAAACAGGAUGCUGGGCAAAUCCUUGGUUUGAUCCAGAAAGGCAAUGUGCCAGUAAUUCGCAACCAAGACUUGAUUGGAGCCAGGCACUAUACCGGCCAGGCAGUAGGCAAAUUUAGGGGAUCACGGCCAGUUCGGUUGCGCUGGCUUCAGCACGGUUUUCUCAAAAACAAGUCAUGCCAGAUGGAUCUCAUAUUUGAUAGAAUUACAAGCUUGGUGGAUCAGGGGAAUGCUGUGGACAUUAUCGUAUCUUGAUUUCAGUAAGGCUUUUGACAAAGCCCCCCAUGAUAAUCUUGUGGAGAAGCUGGUCAAAUGUGGGCUGGACAUGGUAACUGUUAGGUGGAUUUGCAGCUGGUUGGCUGAGCGAACCCAAAGAGUGCUCACUAACGGUACCCCAUCACCCUGGGAAACUUAGGUUUGAUUUAGGUUUGAUGAGGCCCUCGGCUACUGAAGGUAAUGGGGCCCUUUAUAUGUCCAGCUGUCCUUUGUCAACAACAAAUUGUCGCUGUUUUUUGUGUUGGAUAUAUGCUAUACGGUAAUUUAUGGACCUAAUAGGUAUCUAAAGCCAUUUGCGCAUAACAAAAUAUGUAUUUUAUCAAAGUAAUUGAUAUAGAAAUGAGCAAACCAGUGAUAUUUUAGGGAGCAGGCUAGCAGGUGGGGCCCAUUCCUUACAUCAUAGGAGCCCACACAACACAAAACACAGUUGCUGAAUGUAGGUUUUAUUUUAUAUCUUAUAUUUUGGAAAUGUACAUCCAGGGUUUUUUCCAUUUAAUUUUUUGGGGGGGCGCCCAGGAGAGUGGGGCCCUAAGCUAUAGCUUGUUUAGCUUAUACGUAAAUCCGGCACUGCCCCCAGCCAACCAGCCCUCUUUUCCCAGCCGGAACUGGAGAUGGCAGAGAUCAAACUGGGAGCCUUCUGCACUCAAAGCAGGUCCUCUGCCAGGGAAUCACAGCCUUCUCCCCUCAUUUCUGGCUGGGAGCAAGCCCUUCCUGGAAGAAGAGGAGGCUUUUUCUCUCCAGAUGUCCACGCAGAUUCCAGAUGUGCAAGACACAUGAGCUGCUCAGAGGUCUCACACCCACACAACCCUGCAAGUUAAAAUGUCGAGCUCUGGAUUUUGCCCGUGGCUAUCAGAAGCUGGCAAAUCCCCAGCCUGCAAUCGCUAAGCCAGCCAACGCCUUUUCCACGUUACAACAUCUCUUUGUGAGUCAGAGUCCAGCUAAAUCAAUCCAGAUCCUUCAUUCGUCUUCGGGUUUUGGGAGAUGGACUCCAGAAGGAAACUGGGCUCCUGUUUCUUGACCUUUUGGAAAGAGCUCACUAACUCGUCUGGGGCUGCUAGGCGUAACGGUCCUAGAUUCCAGAGGCCGCUGUUGCCAAAUUUUCUCUCUGCCUCCUGUGCCUCUGAAGAGCAGAAUGAACAUGUGAACAGGCACAGAGCCUGACACAGAGAUAAUAAUAAUAAUAAUAAUAAUAAUAAUAAUAAUAAUAAUAAAUUUAUUAUUUAUACCCCGCCCAUCUGGUUGAGUUUCCCCAGCCACUCUGGGCGGCUCCCAAUCAAGUGUUAAAAACAGUACAGCGUUAAAUAUUAAAAACUUCCCUGAACAGGGCUGCCUUCAGAUGCCUUUUAAAGAUAGGAUAUCUGCUUAUUUCCUUCACCUCUGAAGGGAGGGCGUUCCACAGGGCGGGUGCCACUACCGAGAAGGCCCUCUGUCUGGUUCCCUGUAACCUCACUUCUCGCAAUGAGGGAAUCGCCAGGAGGCCCUCGGCGCUGGAUCUCAGUGUCCGGGUAGAACGAUGGGGAUGGAUACGCUCCUUCAGGUAUACAGGACCGAGGCCAUUUAGGGCUUUAAAGAUCAGCACCAACACUUUGAAUUGUGAUCGGAAACGUACUAGGAGCCAAUGCAGAUCUCUCAGAACCGGUGUUAUGUGGUCCCGGUGGCCACUCCCAGUCACCAGUCUAGCUGCCGCAUUCUGGAUUAAUUGCAGUUUCCGGGUCACCUUCAAAGGUAGCCCCACGUAGAGCACAUUGCAGUAGUCCAAGCGGGAGAUAACUAGAGCAUGCACCACUCUGGCGAGACAGUCCACGGGCAGAUAAAGUAAUGGGGGGGUGAGAAGUGUCCGCAGGUGACAUUUCUGGACUGUUGCUAAAAGGCACGGUCAGGGGAGGAGUGGGCAGCGAUCCUUGCAAGCAGGGGAUGUACAGUAACUCUGUCCAUGCUCCGGCGCACCGUUCUCCUGCAUCAUUUAUUAAUUGAUAUUUUAUUGAAACAUAAAUUCAAAUAUAAAGCAGUAAAGUGAUACAAAAAGAAGGGGGGAAAUCAAAACACAGAACUGUGUAAAGGGAAGGGGAAGCGUUAUAUGAAUAUAGACAAAAAUUUGAGAUUAUUAUCCCAAUACUAAUACAGUGGUACCUCGGGUUAAGUACUUAAUUCGUUCCGGAGGUCCGUACUUAACCUGAAACUGUUCUUAACCUGAAGCACCACUUUAGCUAAUGGGGCCUCCUGCUGCCGCCACACCGCCGGAGCCCGAUUUCUGUUCUUAUCCUGAAGCAAAGUUCUUAACCUGAAGCACUAUAUCUGGGUUAGUGGAGUCUGUAACCUGAAGCGUAUGUAACCUGAAGCGUAUGUAACCCGAGGUACCACUGUAGAAAUAUUAACAGCCUACUGCAUUUUCUAUACAUUCGUUCCAGAUAUUGCUGUGUUAACUAAGCAGUCUACGUCUGUAAGCAGUCUGUUCAUAGGUUGCAAGUGUUAUCAUAUGAUCGAUCCACUGAUUAAAGGAUAUAUAUUGUCUUCUAGUUCAUCAGUAUCAGCCUCUUGGCUACCAUGAGAGCGCGUAAAAUCCUUUUUUGUUGUCCAGUUAACUUCCAUACGGUAGGCAUAUACCUUCUCCGACAUGUUUUUAAGCUUCAAAUACAGCUGUAUCACCCACAGGCCUGUCAGCCUGGCGAUGAGUGACGCCGUACGGGGUGAAAAUCCCAGUAACUCUUACAACAAGGGUCUCCAUAAAACCUUUCAGCCCUUCGCUUGGUCGUGAGGCAGCGAGGGAAGUUCCUAUUCUUUUCUUCCCUCAAAAAGUCUCUAGAAAUCUAAAAGAGGAAGUUUCCUCUUUCACUUCCACUUCCUCUUUCAGAUCUUCAGGCUUCUUAGGGAACUCAAGAUUAAUUCAGCUGAGUCCUACUUUUGGGAACUGUGACGGGUGCAUUUUGUGGGUACUUUCUCUCUUCCUGUCUCACGGUAUGUUCAGCCCUCCAAGUGUCCCUAUUUCCCAGGGUCCACAGUCCCGGAAUUACAGAAGCCGCCCCGGUUUCUGAUCCGAUCCCAGAAUGUCCCACUUUUCCUUAGGACGUCCCUAUUUUCAUCGGAGAAAUGUAGGAGGGUAUGGAGUUAUGCGAGCCAAGGAGAUAAGUACCGUAUUUUUUGCUCUAUAAGACUCACUUUUUUCCUCCUAAAAAGUAAGGGGAAAUGUGUGUGCGUCUUAUGGAGCGAAUGCAGGCUGCGCAGCUAUCCCAGAAGCCAGAACAGCAAGAGGGAUUGCUGCUUUCACUGUGCAGUGAUCCCUCUUGCUGUUCUGGCUUCUGAGAUUCAGAAUUUUUCCCCCCUUGUUUUCCUCCUCCAAAAACUAGGUGCGUCUUGUGGUCUGGUGCGUCUUAUAGAGCGAAAAAUAUGGUAACUAUACAACCUUUAGAAGACAUCUGAAGGCAGCUCUGUACAGGGAAGUUUUUUUUUUUUAAGUUUGAUGUUUUAUUAUGUUUUUUAUAUAUGUUGGAAGCUGCCCACAGUGGUUGGCGCAACCCAGACAGAUAGGCAGGGUAUAAACAACAACAGCAGCAACAACAGCAACAGCGACGACAACAACAACAACAGAAUAGGACAUCCUAUUUUCAUCGGAGAAAUGUUGGGAGGGGGAAGUAGUGACCAGAAUUGGUGGCACUCACAUCACUCUUUCUAGAAUCCAAAUGUGCACCGUCACUAGAUAGAUAGAUAGAUAAUUUAUUACGGUCGGAGACCAACUUAUAAAACACACUUGGGGGUACAAGUCACAGAAGGAAAACACUGUCACUAAUCAAAAUAUCUACAUGGACUCCAGCUUACUUUCCAAGUUUGUGGGAGAUAACGGAUAUUUCUAUUUGUUAUUCUUUGAAUAAAGUAAUAAUUAAAAAUUAAAAUAGGCCCCAAAAGGUUGGCACCCCCUGCCUUAAAAGGCACAGGAACACCACACACACACACCCCGAGUCUGGAUGCUGGCAACCUUAAUCUUUAACACACCAUUCUCGGAUCUAUUUGCUAGCAUGAGCUCAUGCGGACGGUUGCAUCACCUUGAACAGGAUCCCAGCCCCACCUUGGUCACAGCUAACUGGAUUUGAAUUCAAGCUGCCUGAUUCACAGGUGGGUUCGGCCCUCUGGUGGCUUCAAUGCUUGGUUAACCACAAAGCAGCCGUUUCAAAAUUGUGUUUGUUUUAGAGUUUAUGUGAUUCGUUGUUCCUCUUGGCUGAUGAAGCGAAGGCUUGGCAGCAGAGAUCGAUGCCAGGGAGGCCAUGGGAACAGGUGGGAAACUUUGCCAGCUGAUGCGCGGAGCAUCAUGUGCCGAUGCUUUUUUUUAAUAUAUAAAUAAUUUUUAUUAUUUUCCAACACAAAUAUACAAUUCUAUCAAAUUUUCACAAAUUUGUUUCUUUUUAGACUUCCUACGGCUUCUCUGACAAUCAUCCAUAUUUACCUCUCAGUUUACGCAUUCCUCUGUUUAUAUUGCCAUUAAACUUCCCUCCCACUCCUAUUUCUUUUUAACAAUAUAUCUCAACUUUCACAGUGCUUCUUGAAAUCCCACCAGUGUUGUUUGCACAUCACAUGUUCUUUUCAGAUACUCAACAAAUUUCCCCCAGUCCUCGAUGAACUUUUGGUCUCGAAGAUAUCUAAUUUUCCCGGUUAAUCUGUCCAAUUCUGCAUAGUCAGUCAGCUUCAGUCUCCAUUCUUCAUGUGCCGAUGCUUAGAGCUGUAGAAUCUGUGGCCCACCAAACCGGCAGGUGGGGUGUAGUUUAGGGACAAAGCACCCCAGCAAAUAUUUCACAAGCGUCUGCUUAUGAAGAACAUACUGGCCUCGGCCCAGUGUACCUGAAGGAGCGUCUCCACCCCCAUUGUUCUACCCGGGCACUGAGGUCCAGCGCCGAGGGCCUUCUGGUGGUUCCCUUGCUGUGAGAAGCCAAGUUACAGGGAACCAGGCAGAGAACCUUCUCAGUAGUGGCGCCCUCCCUGUGGAACACCCUCCCACCAGAUGUCAAAGAGAAAAACAACUACCAGACUUUUAGAGGGCAUCUGAAGGCAACCCUGUUUAGGGAAGCUUUUAAUGUUUAAUAGGUUAUUGUAUUUUAAUAUUGUGUGGGAAGCCGCCCAGAGUGGCUGGGGAAAUCCAGCCAAAUGGGCGGGGUAUAAAUAAUAAAUUAUUAUUAUUAUUAUUAUUAUUAUUACAGUAUUACCUCGGGUUAAGUUGAGUAUGAUCAGCACUGACUCAGAUGUUUCAGCAUCCCUUCCCCAUCGGUUUUAUUUCCCCCAAACAUGUUCAUUCAUUUAUUUGUAAUUUCCGUAAACAUUGGGGUUCCCUCGGGGUCCACUGCUCUCUCCCUCAUGCGUGUGGGUGGCUCCCAAAAGCGGCACCAUCCACAGUUUUGAGGUGAUUAGCGAAGGAAAUCUGCCCUUUGGAUCCGCCGAGAUUUCCAGAAGCUAUUAGUUAAUUUGUUGUAAAGGUUAAUGAAUGGAGGAAACUGCCGGAGAGGGGAGCGGCUAAUCCACAGAGGGAGAGGUGAAUGCAUAUAUAUAUCCACUACAAUAAAUGCUUCAGGGGAAAGUGCUUCUGUUCAGGCUGCCAGCCACACCCUUUCCAAACAACUCCAUUACGCUACAGCCAGCCCCAACAUUCUGCAGCCAUUGGGCAUGCUCAGCCCUUAUUGGGCUCUGCUCGGUUCCUUUCUCUCUCCCUCCAAGCUUGCUGAUAUAUCCGCCUCAUUACUGAGGGAUGCCAUUCUGGCUGCGUAAGGAUCCGGGUUCAGAGAGCAAGUUCACUAUUCACUUAAAAGGCUUGGGGAUCCUAUUUCAGCCUAAGGGCCACCUUCCCUUUUGAGAAACCUCCCAGGGGCCACAUGCCAGUGGUGGGUGGGUGUCAAAAGUGGGCGGAGUGAUGGGUGUAAAUUUUCACUUUGGGCAGUAAGCUAGUUUCUACGCUCAUUUACAAAUCCCUCUCCCUAUUCUCCAUCCAGGGAAGCUAGUGGUGUUAUCAGAGGUCAAGGAUAUGGCCCAAGAGCCACAUUCCCUUCUGGGAAACAUUUUGGGGGCCACAGGCCAGUGGUGGGCGGGGCAACAAAUGUGACAAGGGCGAGCUAGCAAUAAAUCACACAGAGUAAGUGAAGGUAACUCUUUAUUCAAGGAAACCGGAUCUGCUAAAGAGUACCAGGCCUAGUAAGCACAGCAAUUCUUCUUUGGUAGGCAGUUACAGAGACUGAAGGCCCCCUCCUUCCCACAGCUGCCUAAGCCUUCUCCUUUCUCAGGUUUCCCCCAAGCAAUCUGAGACAGUGCCUGCGCAAAGCUAACUUCUUCUCCACCCUUUUCAUGCCUCUUCUGGUUCUGGGAGACCAGAGGAGAGGAGAGUUUGUUACAGCAGGAGAGGGAGACCAGCCUGACUCAUCUCUGCCUCUUGGCCUUCCUACUCUCCAGUGUCACAGUCCGGUUUACGGGUGGUCAAAGUCCUGGUGGAGGAUGUCGGGACCAGGGGCAAGGCGGCAGGGUGGGAGCAGGAACGAGAGUCCGGAAGCCAGGAGUCAGGAAGCCAAGGGUCAUAGACCCAGGAGUCAGGAAGCCAAGGGUCAGAGACCCAGGAGUCAGGAAGCCAAGGGUCAUAGACCCAGGAGUCAGGAAGCCAAGGGUCAUAGACCCAGGAGUCAGGAAGCCAAGGGUCAGAGACCCAGGAGUCAAGAAGCCAAGGGUCUGAGGGUCAGAAAAUCAGGAGUCAAGUAGCCAAAGCAGCAAAGCAGGAAGCGUGCUGCUGUGGCAAAGAGCCAAAGGGAAAUGCUGACCUUAUAUCCCUUCCCAGCUCUUGCCACCUGGUGCUGUGAGUUACCAAUCGGCCUCACCUGUGUGGCUGUGCCUUGCCUCUUCAGAACAAAAUUAGGAAAGCCCCAGUCCUGCGAAGCCCUAUGGGUCACAGGGCCUGGCUCCUGCACGCACUCCAGUUUUUGCUUCUGCCUCUGAUUCUGGACUCCUCUCUGCCACAAAUUCUUCCUGCUCACGAAACCCUGUUACCUCUUCAGCUUCCGAUACCUCCUCCUCCCAGUCUUCACCCUCUUCUCCCUCUGACCACUUGCACUGUCAUCCCACCACCCUUCUCUAGGCUCUGAACCUCCAUCCCUUGGGGGUCCUCCAGUCGAUGCCUCCCACCAUUCCUCUGCGUCCAACAAAAUGUAAAAAUUUGCCACUGUACAGUCGGCUAGCUUCCACACACACACAAACGCUCACAUAUCCCUCUCUGUUCUCCAUCCAUACAAGCAAAAGGCAUGGGCAGAGUUUAAGGGCACAUUCCCCGCAGGCAAAAAUACUCAAGGUGCGAAACAUAAGGGCCCAAUGAGGGGCGUGGUCUUGGGAGAGUCUUGUGGGCCAGAUAGAGAGGCCUGGCGGGUCGCAUGUGACCCAUGGGCCACAGGUUUCCCACCCCUAGCAUAUACAACGGAGUACAUCAUGUGAUUGGAAGGGAUGCGGGCGGCGCUGUGGGUUGAACCACAGAGCCUAGGGCUUGCCGAUCAGAAGGCCGGCAGUUCGAAUCCCCACAAUGGGGUGAGCUCCCGUGGCUCGGUCCCUGCUCCUGCCAACCUAGCAGUUCGAAAGCACACCACUACAAGUAGAUAAAUAGGUACAGCUCUAGCGGGAAGGUAAACGGCAUUUCCGUGCACUGCUCUGGUUCGCCAGAAGCGGCUUAGUCAUGCUGGCCACAUGACCCGGAAGCUGUACGCCAGCUCCCUCGGCCAAUAAAGCGAGAUGAGCGCCGCAACCCCAGAGUCGGCCACGACUGGACCUAACGGUUAGGGGUCCCUUUACCUUUACAUCAUAUGAUCAGGGCUGCCUCGCCUGCCAACUUGAAUGCUACGAGCUGCAGAUCUAAAGUGCUGGGAGUGGGAAGCGUCGAGAACGCGCUGGUGCCGGGUGUGUUCGCCCAGGGCUGGCCAGCCGUUCCCAGGGAAAUCCCUACUUGUGCUAAUGGAGCUCUUAUCAGCUUGUUUCCACCCUCCUUAAUUGCAGAGUUGUUCGCUGCUGCUUCUAAUGUGCGCUUGCUUGCAAGAUCUCUUUUUAUGUAUACUUUCUGCUUUGCAGGAUGAGCUUCCCAAGCUUGCACCCAGGGCGAAUGCUGUAUAAUCAAAGGCUUUAUGGCCUGAGCUGCCCCACAGGUUCAAAUCAAGAAACCAAGGGCCCUUCUCCCAUUCCUGGGUUGGCCUCCAACAUUUCUCUGGUAAAAAUAGGGAUGUUGUAAGGAAAAGCAAGGACACGGGUGGCACUGUGGGUUAAACCACAGCGCCUAGGACUUGCCGAUCAGAAGGUCGGCAGUUCGAAUCCCCGCGACGGGGUGAGCACCCUUUGCUUGGUCCCAGAUCCUGCCAACCUAGCAGUUUGAAAGCACGUCAAAGUGCAAGUAGAUAAAUAGGUACCAGUCCGGCGGGAAGGUAAACGGCAUUUCCGUGUGCUGCUCUGGUUCGCCAGAAGCGGCUUAGUCAUGCUGGCCACAUGACCCGGAAGCUGUACGCCAGCUCCCUCGGCCAGUAAAGCGAGAUGAGCGCCGCAACCCCAGAGUCGGCCACAACUGGACCUAGUGGUCAGGGGUCCCUUUACCUUUACGGGGGAAAAGGACAUUGGGGGAUCAAAUUAGAAACAGGGAUAGCUUCUGUAAAUCCAGGACCAUCCCUGGAAAAUAGGGACACUUGGAGGGUCUGGAUCAGGCUCUUCGUAUGUUCUUAACUGUGUGCUCCUUCAGGGGGAAAGGCAGGAUAUAAAUUUAAUGAACAAAUGAACAAAUCCCGCCAUACAGUUCACUUCCCUGUUUUCUCCUUUUCAGAUCCUGCCUGGCCGAUGGACAUGGAGACGCCCCUGGAGAAAGCCCUGGCGACGCUUGUGUACACCUUCCACAAAUAUUCAGGGAAAGAAGGGGAUAAGUUCACUCUGAGCAAGGGAGAGCUGAAGGAGCUGGUGAAGAAGGAGUUGGCACUUGGAGAGGUCAGUGCCCCAGCGGAUCGGGUGAGGGGGGGAAUAGUGGCCCCAAAACACAACGUGAGGUUGGGGAAACCAGCGUUCCACCUUCAAGAUGUGCAUCUUCCAUCAGGACCACGGCUGAGUGGCAGAGCAUCUGCCUUGCAUGCAGAAGGUCCCGGGUUCGAGUCCUGACAUCUCCUGGUAGGACUGGGAAAGACUCCCAGUUUGAAACCCUGGAGAGCCACGGACAGUCAGUGGCGAGGGGCUGACCUUGAUACACAACCUUGAUACACACAGGAGGUGCAGCAAGUCAAAAUGUGGGGCUUGCGCAUGGGAUAAACAGUGGGGAGUUUGGAGUUUGGAUAAGUCUUUCCUUCCUUCCCCCAUCUUUCCCUUAUUCACUUUAUGCCUUAGUUUCCUUCCAGGUGACUGACUUUCCUUUUAAAAAAAAGUUUAAACUUUAUUUAACAUAAUUAUUACAAAAUACAUACAAAUACAGUGGUACCUCGGGUUACAUAUGCUUCAGGUUACAUACGCUUCAGGUUACAUACACUUCAGGUUACAGACUCUCUUAACCCAGAAAUAGUACCUCGGGUUAAGAACUUUGCUUCAGGAUAAGAACAGAAAUUGUGCUCCAGCGGCGCAGCAGCAGCAGGAGGCCCCAUUAGCUAAAGUGGUGCUUCAGGUUAGGAACAAUUUCAGGUUAAGAAUGGACCUCCGGAACAAAGUAAGUACUUAACCCGAGGUACCACUGUACGUACAUAUAUUUUUCAGAUAAGCACACAUAUAUAAAAAAAGAACAAAAAAGAAAAAAGGAAGAAAAGAAAAAGAAAAAAUAAGAAAAAUUGGAAGAAGAAAAAAUGGAAGAAUUUCUUCCAAAUUUAUUCUAUAAAUAUCUCAGUAAUCCUUCCUUUCUUCUUUCAGGGCAAUAUCCCAUCUCAGUCUUAAAGUAAACCCAUUAAAAGGAAUGAGCAUGAUGUAAUAUAGUUCAGUGAAUGGCAAUGGAUCUAACUCUGAGUACAGCUUAGGCCCUAUUCACGCCAUAUAUUUAAAGCACUAUGAUACCUCUUUAAACAGUCAUGGCUUCCCCCAAAUAAUUCUGGGAGCUGCGGUUUGUUAAAGGCGCCUACAGUUGUUAGGAAGCCCCAAUUCCCCUACAACUUCCAGAGUGGUUUAACAACCAAUCCUGCUUCCCAGGAACUCUGGGAAGUGGAGCUCUGUAGCGGGAAAUAGCCGGCGUCUGAUAACAACUCUCAGCACCCUUAACAAACUACAGCUCCCAUAAUUCUUUGCGGGAAGUCAUGACAAUUUAAAGUAUUAAAGGUAAAGGGACUGCUGACCAUUAGGUCCAGUCGUGGCCAACUCUGGGGUUGCGGCGCUCAUCUCGCUUUACUGGCCGAGGGAGCCGCCGUACAGCUUCCAGGUCAUGUGGCCAGCAUGUCUAAGCCGCUUCUAGAGAACCAGAGCAGCGCACGGAAACACCGUUUACCUUCCCGCCAGAGCGGUACCUAUUUAUCUAUUUGCACUGGUGUGCUUUCGAACUGCUAGGUUGGCAGGAGCAGGGACCGAGCAACGGGAGCUCACCCCGUCGCGGGGAUUCGAACCGCCGACCUUCUGAUCGGCAAGUCCUAGGCUCUGCGGUUUAACCCACAGUGCCACCCACAUCCCAUUUAAAGUAUUGGAGAGCUUUAAAUGUAUCACGUGAAUACAGCCUCGGUUGGAUGCAACCUGUAAGUUUUGAAAGAGAGUUAAAUUUGUGAGGGGGGUUCAGUGCCCCCCAUAAUCAGACAUGUACCCCAAUCUCUCCCCUCUCUCUUUCCUUUGCCCCCCUUUCCCUCGCAGAAGAUGAAGGCAGGCGGAAUUGACAAGCUGAUGGGGACCCUGGACAAGAACAAGGAUGAUGAGAUUGACUUCAAGGAGUACACGGGCUUCCUGACGGCCCUCUGCAUGACCUACAACGAUUUCUUCCAGCAGGAUUCAAAAUAAGGGAGAGGGUGGGGUAAAUCUCCAGCAGUCGGUGCCCUGCGUCACCCAGAGCCCAUGUGGCAACUUUAAAUAAAGGUCUCGACCUCCAGAAACUGGUUCAA